CGGCAUCUUUCAUUACCGCAUUUCCAUCCAUACAAUUCAUAUUCUGUCCCAGAAUGAAUCACAUCUAUCAAUAUGGCGUCUUCAGCGCCCUCAUGCAGGGCUUCUCCUCCGACGGAGCGACCGUCUCCAACGUCCUCUCUAGAUGCAACCACGGCUUAGGCACCGUCUGCGGCCUGAAUGGCGAGAUCGUCAUCGUCGACGGCGAGGCCUACCACUUCACCCCAGACAAUCAGAUACACCGGCUCACACCCACAGAUCAUCUGCCAAUGAUCGUCGCCACGGACUUUCAGCCCACGUUGACCAAGUCUCUGGAGACCUUGCGCAUGGACACCCUCCAGAAAGCCCUGCAUCCAUUCUUCCCCACCAAUCAGAACAACUUCAUCGCUGUCCGCGUGGACGCCACCUUCAAAAAGAUCGUGUACCGCAUCGGGGGCCCGCAAAUCUGCCCGCGGGAGCCGCUGCUUGAACUGGCUAAGCGCCAGGUCGUCAAGACGUACGAUAACGUCGCUGGCACGCUAUUCGGGUUCUAUUCCCCGCCGUACACGAACGGGAUCUGCGUCGCCGGCUUCCAUCUACAUUUCCUAUCUACAGACCGCCAGGCUGGUGGACAUGUUCUGGAGUUUGAGGCUGAGGACGUCGAGUUGAAGGCCGCGGUUAACACGCAUGUGCAUCUGGAGUUGCCUGCGUCGGAGGAGUUCAACCAGGAGUUGAUGCAACCGGACUUAGCAAAGGACUUGCAUCUAGCUGAAUAAAUAGGUGUCUUGGCGAUACAUGAUAGCUUAGAGGUUCAAUUAUUCGCAUAGAGAUGGGGCUCCACUAGCUGAGCUUGGCGGGGAUUUGAUAUCCUUGUGGUUCCGCCCUUGUGGCUUACAGUGAAA